AUGUGUAAUGACAAAAUUGUUGGCUCCUACGUGGCCUGCAAGUGCGACGCUAAAGGCUGCGGACGUCGCAAUUUGGCGACGCGCCGCAGUAAUGAUGGCCUGGACGUUGCGGUCCCUUACGUGGAACAAUUUAUUGGUGUAGAGCACGUUCAUGAAACAAGCCAAUUAUCCAAACAAAUUGAGUUAGCCCCCUCGCGACGAGCCGUCACCCACGUCAUAGUUCUCUUCAAAGGAAGCGUGUUAUGCUACUUCGGAAAGGUGUUUGUUUAG